GACUCAUAAACAUUUCAUGCUCAGUGUAUUUCUUCAGUUCAAAGCAAACUAUCGUAGCAAUUCGAACAUAACAUAAUCUUGUUUUUAAUUUUAAUUGUCUCUAUUUCUUUUGUUUUUUCUUUUAUUAUGAACAAUAUGUAAUAAUAUUAAAUUUUUUGGUCAUCAAUAAAUUAUUUCCAAUUAGUGAAAGAAAGAAGAUCGAAAAUAACAAUAAACAGGAGAUCUUACUGGUAAAACGAGUUUUAGUUGCGUUUUAGAAAAUAAGCACAACUUCAUUCGAAAAAACUUCAGACAGAAACGAUGGAUUUAGUCUACGUUCCUGAAGUCUUGACUUAUGGUUUCUUAAGGAUUCCUCAAUACCGAGAUUAUGAGCAACCGUGGAAUAAAGAUUAUUUUAAUAGUGGAAAAUCAACACAAAUUUAUUCUCAACGUUUAUUGCAACAUCACGAGCAGAAGACAUUUUCAAAAGAAAAUUGUUAUUUAUGUCGAGAAAAUAAAAGAAGAAUCCUAGCUACUUAUAUAAAGGGAAAAUUGCGAAGAAAUUCUUGUCAAGAAAUUCAUGAAGAAGAAGAAGAACAUGAUAACACAAGUAUAAAAGAAACGACUUUGAACAUCGAUAAUAAAAUGAAAAAAACUUCAAAAAACAAUGAAUGUUAAGAAGUUAAU